CCCCUCGCUUCGGCCCGCAGCGCCAACUGCCUGUCGGAAGCGCGGCGCGGAGUGCGGGGCGCAGAGGCACCGGAGCCAGUGCCCGCCGGCCCCGCAGACCGUAUCCAGCCUGGAGAACCCCUGUCGGGCCCCACACAGCUCCACAGCAGUCCGGGAGCUGUCCCUUCAGCACCGCAGCCGGAGCCGGAGUCCGAGCGCAGCCCAGCGGAACCGCAGCUUGAGCCCAAGCGCACCGAGCGCAGCGCUCCACCGCAGCCGCACGGAGCAGCGUUCCCGGCGCCCCUGUCCAGGGGGCCCGCCAUCUCCUUCAAGAGGCGGGGAGAAGGAGCGAGGAGGGCGGGCAGGCGGGCAGGCGCGCCCGCCUCCGGGGGGGAGCAGGCAGCCAGGCAAGGAAAGAGGGUGGGGGCCGGAGCCCGCCCUACGCCCCUAGCUGCAGCCCGGCCACGCAGGGAGGAAGGCAGCGGGCCAUCUCCCCCGCGUCGAGAGCGCGCUGCAGCGACCACCGCACAUCAGAGCACGAAUUUCCUGGCCCCUUCUCCCUCCUCCCCCUUCCGGGGGGCUGAUCUAUCUGUCCGGCCCUGGGAGCAGCUGACCUUACCUACAAAAGCUUUGUGUCGAUUUCUACAUUUUUCCCGCUGAGAUGGGGAUGGGAGCCCGGUCCCCCCACCCUCUUUUCCCUCCGCCCAGGUCUCGCCGCUGAGCGCCGCCCCCCUCCCUCCCUCCCUCCCUUCUUCCUUUCCUCUCUCCCGCCCCUCUUUCCUCCUCUGCCUCCUCCGCAGCCGGACCAGCUCUCUCCUACAUCUGGCGCCUAGAGACCCUUGGGAUCCCGCGCACACUCCCCCGGACCGGUACCCGACAGAAAGCGCCCUGAGGGGCUUGCGUUGCUCUUGGGGUCUCCAGAGUCGCGGUCCUCUGUACCCCCCGACGGCUGGGGGGAGGGGGGAGGAGGCCGCGCGCCCCCCUCCCCGGCACCAACUCCCCCUGGCGGCUGCUCCCAUGGGUGUCGCUGGGCCGCGCCAUGCCUAAGGGGGCGCCGCGAUGGGCCAAGGGGACGAGAGCGAGCGCAUCGUGAUCAACGUGGGCGGCACGCGCCACCAGACGUACCGCUCGACGCUGCGCACGCUGCCCGGCACGCGGCUCGCCUGGCUGGCAGAGCCCGAUGCCCACAGCCAUUUCGACUAUGACCCGCGUGCCGACGAGUUCUUUUUCGACCGCCACCCGGGCGUCUUCGCGCACAUUUUGAACUACUACCGCACGGGCAAGCUGCACUGCCCGGCAGACGUGUGCGGGCCGCUCUACGAAGAGGAGCUGGCCUUCUGGGGCAUCGACGAGACGGACGUGGAGCCCUGCUGCUGGAUGACUUACCGCCAGCACCGGGACGCUGAGGAGGCGCUCGACAGCUUUGGCGGUGCGCCCCUGGACAACAGCGCUGACGACGCGGACGCCGACGGUCCUGGAGACUCAGGCGACGGCGAGGACGAGCUGGAGAUGACCAAGCGCCUGGCACUCAGUGACUCUCCUGACGGCCGGCCUGGUGGCUUCUGGCGCCGCUGGCAGCCUCGCAUCUGGGCGCUCUUUGAGGACCCCUACUCAUCCCGCUACGCGAGGUAUGUGGCCUUUGCCUCCCUCUUCUUCAUCCUGGUCUCCAUCACCACCUUCUGCCUGGAGACCCACGAGCGCUUCAACCCCAUCGUGAACAAGACGGAGAUCGAGAACGUCCGGAAUGGCACGCAGGUGCGCUACUACCGGGAAGCGGAGACGGAGGCCUUCCUCACCUACAUCGAGGGCGUCUGCGUGGUCUGGUUCACCUUCGAGUUCCUCAUGCGUGUCGUCUUCUGUCCCAACAAGGUCGAGUUCAUCAAGAACUCGCUCAACAUCAUUGACUUUGUGGCCAUCCUCCCCUUCUACCUGGAGGUGGGCCUGAGCGGCCUGUCCUCUAAGGCGGCCAAGGACGUCCUGGGCUUCCUGCGCGUCGUCCGCUUCGUGCGCAUCCUGCGCAUCUUCAAGCUGACUCGCCACUUCGUGGGCCUGCGCGUCCUGGGCCACACCCUCCGCGCCAGCACCAACGAGUUCUUACUGCUGAUCAUCUUCCUGGCCCUGGGCGUCCUGAUCUUCGCCACCAUGAUCUACUACGCCGAGAGGAUAGGGGCACAGCCCAAUGACCCCAGUGCCAGUGAGCACACCCACUUUAAGAACAUCCCCAUUGGCUUCUGGUGGGCCGUGGUCACCAUGACAACACUGGGCUACGGAGACAUGUACCCGCAGACGUGGUCCGGGAUGCUGGUGGGAGCGCUGUGUGCGCUGGCCGGGGUGCUGACCAUCGCCAUGCCCGUGCCCGUCAUCGUGAACAAUUUUGGGAUGUAUUACUCCUUAGCCAUGGCUAAGCAGAAACUACCAAAGAAAAAAAAGAAGCAUAUUCCACGGCCGCCGCAGCUGGGAUCUCCCAAUUAUUGUAAAUCUGUCGUAAACUCUCCACACCACAGUACUCAGAGUGACACAUGCCCGCUGGCCCAGGAAGAGAUUUUAGAAAUUAACAGAGCAGAUUCCAAACUGAAUGGGGAGGUGGCGAAGGCCGCGCUGGCGAACGAAGACUGCCCCCACAUAGACCAGGCCCUCACCCCCGAUGAGGGCCUGCCCUUUACGCGCUCGGGCACCCGCGAGAGAUACGGACCCUGCUUCCUCUUAUCAACCGGGGAGUACGCGUGCCCACCUGGUGGAGGAAUGAGAAAGGAUCUUUGCAAAGAAAGCCCUGUCAUUGCUAAGUAUAUGCCGACAGAGGCUGUGAGAGUGACUUGACCAGGCGGCUUGGCCGAGGACACUGGUGGCUAAUAAGCAUCUGGGUGGACCUGCAGCCCCUCCUCACCCUCGGACAGAGUAAAUUCACGCCACGCAGGUUUGCCGGACGAGUCCGAGUGGCCCAGGCAUUGUGCUAGGACGGACGUAGCUUUUUCUACGGCCAAAUGGUAACUGACCGUAGAGGAUUUCUUUUUCUUCUUUUCAUUUUUUUAAAUUUUAUUUUAUUUGGGGAGGGGUGGGUGGAAGGGUCCCUUAGCAUGACUUGCAUGAAGUUAAACAGAAAACCCAGCAAACCAAACCCACCCACCCCCUGCAACUGUAUGAUCACCCUAAACAACAACAACAACAACGAAAAGAAAAAAGCAGAAGUCUAUUUUCUUUCAAAGCUCUUUACUUUCACACGCAGUGGAGCCGGACUGUGAGGGUGCUCGGUAGCAAACUGCGCAUUUCUGGGGGAGGGGGAGGGGCUGGGAGCGGGGCGGGGACGGGGAACAGAUUGCUCCCCUUUUUCAUACACGAGAUCGAGAGGAGAGGUUCCCGAAAGGGCAGUCGGUCGGUCAUCGGUCAUAUUGACCUCACCUUCAUAAUUCAUCUCUCACGCGGAAACCGAGAGCUUCGCCGCAAACAGAACUGUGGAACCGCGCACCGCCGCCUGCUCCCCUCGGCCCGGCGUGCUCGGGACCCAGCGGACGUCGCCCGAGGCCCCCCGGCAGCGGCUAGUCUAGGUCGACUCGAUCACCUUUUCCGACAUGUAGAUCCAGUGUGACCAAUUUUCAUGACAAAUUGUUCGUAGUAACUCAUCUACACCGCGCGGAUUUUCCACGUGUUUCUUUAGAGCACCAAAAGGUCAGGACCACGGGAGAGGCAGCCCUCCCCCACCUUUACUGAGGCACAACCUGGCAUUGUAUGCAACCUAGUCCUUCCGAGUAAAAACUGCAUGCCCAAUGUUAUGCAAAGCGACUCUAGCAUGAAAUAAAUUUUGUAUCAUGGUUUCUGUAUAGUCUUAAAGCAGAUUUGUUUUGCUGAAGCAAUCGGAGGUUUGCAGAGACACACGUCUGCAUCUCGAAUAAAUAUAGUAUUUUCCCAAAAGAAACAGAGGACAGUAGCUUGGCUUUGGUCUGAUUCUAAAAUUAGUGGCGGGUGGGGGUGGGGGUGGGGAAGGAUGAUAUUUUUGAAAAACACAUGCUUGAGUUGAAAAAAAAAAUGCAACAUCUCGAGCUUUCACUGCAGCUCACAACGUUUCCUGGAAAGAGAGCAAUGCUGCUUUAGCUCAACACCCCUCCCCUCCCCGGGCCCUGGCUCUUGAUAAUAAAAAGCUGACUUUUGAGAUGAA